UCGAGGUAGCUGAAAAGCAUUAGGUAGCUAGCCUAGCUGCUAGUACCAGCAAAUGCAAUUUGUUAACAAUAGUUUGUAUUAAAGUAACGUUCGAUUUGAAUGAAGCCCAUCAUACGAUAUCUCCUGUUAGACUGUAUGGCGAUGAAAGUGGAAAUGGUUCAUGAAGAGUGUUGGAUACACAGAGACUGGCUGGUCCACCAGGGACAUCUUCAGAGACUGGCGCGCAGAUAACGCCUUCAAACUGGCUAUUAUAUUUUACUGGGUGGAUCUGGUGCUGCUACAUCAUCUCUCCAUCCUGACAUCUACAUUGGACAUGUUAGAUAAGCCAUGAUCCCAAUCACUGAUCUGCGGUACUUUGUGGAUACACAGCCAGCAUACCGCAUCCUGAAACCAUGGUGGGAUGUGUUCACCGACUACAUCUCCAUCGUUAUGCUCAUGAUUUCGGUGUUUGGGGGAACACUGCAGAUCACUCAGGACAAGAUGAUUUGCCUGCCUUGCAAAUGGGUCGUUAAUGAGACCUGCAAGAAGAAUUUUAGUUCCAACCUUUCCAAGUCGUUGUUCUUGGAGCCCAAAGGGAUCCAGUAUGAUCUGGAUCGCCACCAGUACAACUAUGUUGAUGCCGUGUGCUAUGAAAACAGAUUGCACUGGUUUGCCAAGUAUUUCCCCUACUUAGUAUUACUCCACACCCUGAUUUUUUUAGCUUGCAGUAACUUUUGGUUUAAGUUUCCUCGGACUAGCUCCAAACUGGAACACUUUGUAUCCAUCUUGCUGAAAUGCUUUGACUCUCCGUGGACAACCAGGGCACUGUCAGAGACAGUGGUUGAAGAAAGUGAUCCAAAACCAAUGAAAAUGAAUGGCUCAAUGGACCACAAGGAGUCUGUUAUUAGCGAGGACGUCGAAGCGAGCGUUCCGAUGCUCCAAAGGACAAAGACGCGCUUUGAGCAGGGCAUUGUAGAUCGAACGGAAACGGGAGUUUUAGACAAGAAAGAAGGAGAACAGGCAAAGGCUCUGUUUGAAAAAGUGAAAAAGUUUCGUAUUCAUGUGGAGGAAGGAGACAUCGUAUACAGAUUGUACAUUCGUCAGACUAUUAUCAAAGUAAUCAAGUUCAUUUUGAUCAUCUGCUACACAGGGUAUUACGUGCAUGAUAUUAAAUUCAGCGUGGACUGUUCUGUAAAUAUAGAGAGCCUGACUGGUUACAGCGUAUACCGUUGCGCUCACCCACUGGCUACACUUUUUAAAAUUUUAGCCUGUUUUUAUAUUAGUUUAGUGGUGGUGUACGGUUUGAUCUGCAUGUACACGCUUUGCUGGAUGCUUCGCCGCUCUCUGAAGAAGUACUCCUUUGAAUCAAUUCGUGAAGAGAGCAGCUACAGUGACAUACCAGAUGUGAAGAAUGACUUUGCUUUCAUGUUGCACAUGAUAGAUCAGUAUGACCCUCUGUACUCUAAACGCUUUGCUGUGUUCCUCUCAGAAGUUAGUGAAAAUAAACUGAGGCAGCUUAACCUCAAUAAUGAGUGGACACUUGACAAGCUCAGGCAGAGGAUAACUAAGAACUCUCAGGAGAAGUUGGAGUUGCACCUUUUCAUGUUGAGUGGCAUUCCAGAUACAGUAUUUGACUUAAUGGAGUUAGAAGUACUCAAACUAGAGCUCAUCCCAGAUGUUACCAUUCCCCCGAUCAUCGCUCAGCUGGUCAACCUUCGAGAGAUGUGGCUUUAUCACACGCCAGCCAAAAUCGAAGCUCCAGCCUUGGCUUUUUUGCGCGAGAACUUGAAGUCUUUGCACAUCAAGUUCACAGACAUUAAAGAAAUUCCUUUGUGGAUCUACAGUUUGAAGAACCUCAGCGAGCUUCAUCUGACGGGGAAUCUUAGUGCGGAGAACAACCGUUACAUUGUCAUUGAUGGGCUUCGGGAGCUCAAGAGGCUUAAAGUUCUACGUCUGAAAAGCAAUCUCACCAAAUUGCCUCAAGUAGUCACUGACGUGGGCCUGCACCUACAGAAGCUUUCCAUCAAUAACGAAGGCACCAAGCUCAUGGUGCUCAACAGCCUGAAGAAAAUGGUGAACUUGACAGAACUAGAGCUUAUUCGCUGCGAUCUGGAACGUAUUCCACACUCGAUCUUCAGUUUGCACAACCUGCAGGAGAUUGAUCUGAAGGACAACAACCUGAAGACCAUUGAGGAGAUCAUCAGCUUCCAGCACCUUCACCGGCUAGUUUGCCUGAAGCUCUGGUACAACCAGAUCGCCUACAUUCCUAUUCAGAUUGGCACCCUGACCAACCUGGAAAAGCUGUACCUAAACAGAAACAAGAUUGAGAAGAUCCCCAGCCAGUUGUUUUAUUGCCGCAAGCUGCGCUUUUUGGACUUGAGCCACAACAACCUAACCUACAUCCCAACAGACAUCGGCUUUCUCCAGAAUCUUCAGUACCUGGCAGUAACAGCCAACAGGAUUGAAAGCCUGCCAAACGAGCUGUUCCAGUGCAAGAAACUUCGCACAUUGAACUUGGGAAACAAUUGCCUGCAGUCUCUGCCUUCACGUUUUGGAGAGCUGACCGCACUGACUCAGCUGGAGCUGAGAGGAAACCGUCUGGAGUGUCUGCCUGUUGAACUAGGGGAGUGCAGACAGCUAAGGAAAAGCGGUCUUGUGGUGGAAGAAGAUCUGUUCAACACGCUGUCCUCUGAGGUUAAGGAACAGUUGUGGAAAGCUGACAAAGAGCAAGCUUGAAGAGGUUUGUGAGUAAAAAACAAAAGACUGAUCAAGUUGGUAAGGAGAUGGGAAGAACGGCCACGAUGUCCCAAAGGGAUGCUGAAGCAGGCGGUGGUCUCACUGCAGUGUAAGGUUGUGCAUCAAGAGCCAAUGUCAGUUUCAAUCAACCCAAAUGCUGAUGAUUCUGGCAGGUUCUUGUUUUCAGUGAGUCUGUGGGUUUUUUCCCCCUCUUUUUUUUAAGAUUUCUUUAUGAAAACUUCUCAGGCAUUUACAUUUUAACCCAGUAAUUAUGCUUUUAAGCAAUAAUGUAGCAGUGCCAUUGUGAUCACAAUCCUUUGUUUACAAUAUUUCUUUUUAUGGCGUGGAGGUGAAUAUAUAACUGUUGGCCAGUUUUGCUAAAACACACAAAACGAUUACUGUUCAGAGCUAAAAACAUAAGGCUUUUGUUUGGUCGAGAUUAUUACAACAUUAACAUGUUAUAUUAAAUAUAACUAAAAUGUGGUCUUAGGAAACAGUAGCUAAUUGUACCCUGAGAAUCUUUCUUUAUUUUAGUGACCAUAUAUUAAACUAACUCCCAUCUGCAUCAUAAAAUUCAAAAAUAACUUGUCCCAGACUUUUAUUUUUUUCUUCGCCAUAGAGAGGUAAUCAUAGCCUUCAGAUACACUCAAAUGUGCUGGGUUAAAUGGCAAAAUCUUUCAAAUUUGACAUAAAAUCAUGUCAGAGUGGUGGGUGUAGGUCUUUUUGUUUGCACGUAGUUUUGAGCAAACUUGGUAAAAGGAGGUUCCUGAGGUCAUAAAUGCAAGUGCUGUAAAUAGAAAUGAAAAGGAAAAAAUAAGAUUUUAUUAAUCACUGAAGGAAAAUGAUAAAAUGAAUCCUUCAUGUGAAGAUGUAGGAGUUGUCUUGAGGUUAAUCUUGGCAGUGUGGCAGCUUGUGAAAUGAGUGUGUGAUCCUUACAUGGAGGCAGAGUUUGGCAGAGACGAUGGGUUGAUGACCUCAUUCUGGAAAAAGAUUUAUGUUUGGACUGUGAGUUUAAUGAAAAGCAAUUAUUUUACUGCAUGCUGUUAUUGGCCCAACAGUACAAGUUUGUUAGCGAUGCACCUUGUGAGGAUACCGUUUUAUGCUUUCUAGUUAGAACCGAGCCAAAUCUGUUUCAUGGCCAGUGCUGCAUUUAUGUUUUUUUCUUUGCAAUUACUUGCACAAAACAAAAUGUAUACAUCUGCGGAAAAUGACGGGCAGGUUUGGAAUAAGAUGAGCUGUGAUUGUAUCAUUAGAUCAAAUUUUAUAUGUAUACAGGGUAAAACAGCUGAUUGAUGGAGCUUCUGGAAUUCAGUAAUGUGUUUGAAAGAAAUUAACUUUCCUGAAACAAUAGGUGAUUUUUGCUCUUGUCAAAGAAAAAAGGUUUGUUAGGUCAGCAGAGUGUUGACAAAUGACAUGUUGGCCUUGUGUUUUAGGUUAUAAUAUUUAUACCUUGCUAGUAUCAUCUAUUUCUUUGGUCUUUCUGAACUUCAUUACAAAAAUGGAGUAAAAUGUACCUAAAUUGCUCAGUAAUGAUGAUUUCUGAAAUUUAAACAUUUAAAAAAAACAACCUGCAUUUGCUGUAAUGAAAAGAGAGAAAAUGUUAAAUGAAAUUAAUUUAUACAUGACAGACAGGAAUCGGGGGUUCUACUUUUUAUUUUUGAAGAGAUGUCUGUCUGAUUAGUUGCCUUAACGUCUAUGUUUUCCUGUCAUUCUUAUGAAUUUUUUGUUUUUGUUGUAGCUUCUGAUGGGAUGAAAAUUAUUGUACUUGUUACCGUCUCUUGAUGAAGUUACUUCUCUAUCAAAUGACUUGACUACAGACCCAGAUGUUGUUGGGAGAACUGGGACAGAUCUGUUUGGCUCUGAUGCUUCACUCGUCACUUCCUGUGGACUUUUCACAAGCAACCACUUUUGACUGUCACUAUUUUACACAAUUAAGACAUUUAAUGUCUCAAAGGGAUUUUUUUUAUCUUGUAAAGCUAGCUGUGCUAAUUUUAAUGUUAGAUAAGCUACUGACCGUAGGUUUGACUCUUGUUGCCACAUGCUACUGAUAGAGGCAGCAAAAUAGGGUGUAGAGUUUGUUUGAUGAAGAAACAAGCUGAAAUUGAGGAUGAAGGUUAACUUUUUUUUUUCCUUUCUUUUUUUUUACUGAUCUUGUGUAUAUAUAUGUGUGUGUGUCAGUACCAGUAUACCUCUUGCAGAAAGUGGUUCCUGCCUGGGGAAAAACAAGAGUCAGUGUUAGAAUUUAAUCUUUUUAGUCUUACAUGAAAAUGACAGUGUUAUCUUCUUGACUCACUAAACUGUCUUUAAGGCAGUUACCACUUUAAGUUGCUGCCUCAUUGAAAGCGGGUUCUAAGUUCACUCAUACAAGGCAGUAAUAGCUUUUAUUUAUAAGUGUCAUAGGUGUAACAUCAUUUGUAUUGUUCUUUGAUUUUUUUUUUUGGUUUUAUUUGUUUAUUUUCCGUUUAAAAAGUGUUCAUCUGUUGGAAGAUGUUUAGGUUUUGUUUGAGGAUGACUUCUUUGGUUUUGUGGUUUUUUGCCACAGUGAGCAAAAAUGAUACUAAUAAAUGUGGACAUCAAAAUCAAUGCACAGCUAUGAGGCAUCACAACACACUACAGGGGGUCUUGUGUUCACCUUGGGAAGAAAAGAAAAAAUCUAUAUAGUUUAAUGAACCCAAGUAAAUAACAAAGCCUGGACAGUAGCAAUAUGCAAUAUUGUAACUUAACUGAUUGAAAAUCAUAGAAAAACUUAAUUCUAUUAGCAUGUCUUUGAGUAACAUGUAUUACUAUGCUACGUUGUGCAAUACUGCCUUUGUUGAAACUUCAUAAAAGUAAUGUUAUUAUUGUAAAGCACAUUGGCAUUCCUUUCUACUACUAGCAUGGCAAGAAUUUGGGUUUGAAUAGAUGAUAGGAAAUGUUUCUGUCCUAAAAGAUGCUUUCGCACUGCAGCACCUUUCCCACAAGUUACACAAGUUUUGAUUAAAGCAAAAAUUUGUUGAAAAACUAACGUAUACAAGUUGUAUUUAUGCUGGUAUGGCAACAGAGUGACUGCCGGCCAUGAGACUGGAAUGGCACUAGAUCAGUACUUAUUUGUUCUUUUAUUUUUAAAUAAAACCUUAAUCAUUUCAACACGUUAUGUCAGUACUAGCCCUCUUUUAAAGACAAUCAGCUAUUUUAAUAAGAGACUUAAGAGGGAAAACUGAAAAACCUCACUUCAAAAGUCAAGUUUUGCCAUCAGUAUAACAUAUUGCUUUGUUUGCUAGUACAUUUGUAUCUAUGUAGAUUAGGUUUUGUCUCACAUGGAUUGUUUAAAGAUUGUUUUCUGUAUUUUCCCUCCUUUUUGUUUAACUUUGUUGUCAUUGAGACAGCUCUAAGUGUUAUAGUACAAGUCAAUUUCUCAGGAAACCACUAGUAUUCACCUAUUGUUUGAGAUAAUUACUUUUUUUACACCUGAUAUUUGUAUUAAUUUAAGCAGUUGUAAUAACAUUUUAUAAACAUUUCUAUACACUUUUUUUCUAGUUUAUUGUGUUUAACAUUGACUGCUGGUUUAAAACAAAACUUGGUUUAAGGUCAAAUCUGUGCUUUUCAUCAGUGAUUAACUGAGCUGUAUCAUAAUUGUGUCUUUACUAUUGAGUCACACGGGUCAAGUGUGUGCAUCUGUACUGUAUGAGUUUUUGCAUGAUGGAGCAUUCUUACCCUCCCCUUCCAUGUUGGAUCUUUUUGGGUACAAAACCAUGAUCAUUGUUCCCAUGGCCAUUUAUAAUCACAAUGCAUAGACAUGUUCUUUUUCUUUUGCCAAAAGUUACGUGAAGAAUAAAAUCAUCAAUGCAAGGAUACAAACAUAAACCAUGCAGCAGUGUGUGAGUAUUAUAUUUGAACACGUCUCAUCACGUCCUCACCAUUCUGAAGAGAAAAAUAAAAUAAAC